CAAAUGUUUCAUUCGUUUGAUGGUGUGGUCAGCUUGUACAACGUGUACAAAGUGGAAACCAUUAACGACAGCUGCAUGGUGGCAAGUGGAUUACCAGAGUGUAACGGUGACCGGCAUGCGAAAGAGGUAUGCUAUUGUGCUUUGGGCUUCCGUCAAAUAUUUCUGGAUAUCGGAAAAUCUCACAAAAUGGCCAUCAAAAUUGGUAUCCACUCAGGUGCUUGUGUUGCCGGAAUUGUUGGGAAGAAACGGCCACGGUACUGUCUAUUUGGUGACACGAUCAACACGGCUUCCCGUGUUGCUUCGCAUAAUACGGACUGGAUAAUUCAAACAACGGCUGCGACCAUGCUUUUAAUCUUCAGUACCAAUAUCAGGACUGAAUACCGCGGUAAAAUAUUUUUGAAGGUACAAAAUGUACAUAAACUAGCGUUUAUCCCAGCAAAAUGCUAA